AUUCUUUAACUCCCUCCCUUUCUCCAUUUCCAUCAUCACCACUCUCAGAAAAUCAACAAAAAGACUCUACUUUCAAGUUCUGAGAAUGGCUUCCAAUACAUUAAUGAGCUGUGGCAUUGCCACCACCGCCUUUCCUUCAGUCCUCUCCUCUUCUAAAUCUAAGUUUGCCACUGCCGUCUCACUUCCUAGUUCUAGUGCCAAUGCUACUUCACGCUUCUCCAUGUCUGCAGACUGGAUGCCCGGCCAACCCCGCCCGCCUUACCUCGACGGUUCAGCUCCUGGUGACUUUGGAUUUGACCCAUUUCGGCUCGGUGAGGUUCCUGAGAAUCUUGAAAGAUAUAAGGAGUCUGAACUCAUUCACUGCAGAUGGGCUAUGCUUGCUGUUCCAGGGAUGCUGGUGCCAGAGGCGUUGGGAUUAGGCAACUGGGUAAAGGCUCAAGAGUGGGCUGCAGUUCCCGGUGGACAAGCAACUUACUUAGGAAACCCAGUUCCAUGGGGCACUCUCCCCACCAUUUUGGUCAUUGAAUUCCUCUCCAUUGCCUUUGUUGAGCAUCAACGCAGCAUGGAGAAAGACACCGAGAAGAAGAAGUAUCCCGGAGGUGCUUUUGACCCCUUGGGAUUCUCCAAGGACCCCCAGAAGUUUGAGGAGUACAAAGUUAAAGAGAUCAAAAACGGUCGGCUGGCAUUGUUGGCAUUCGUUGGGUUCUGCGUUCAACAAUCGGCUUAUCCAGGCACAGGGCCAUUGGAGAACCUGGCAACUCACUUGGCUGAUCCAUGGCACAACAACAUUGGAGACGUUAUCAUCCCCAGAGGGCUUUUGCCUAACUAAUCUUUGAUCCAUGUCCACUGUAAAAUUUCAUGUAAUGAAACAAUUUUCUUGUAUUUUGACUCUUAAGAUUAGAAGUAAUUCUCUACCAAUCACUUGUAAUAUAUGAGAAUACUGUGGAAAUUA